AUGCUUAUAUAUCUUGUAUUAUCGUUAAAUAUAUUAGUAUGUCUAUGCAUAUUAAAUACAAAAUAUCAAAUACAACUAGAUUAUAGUGCAUCUAGUGAAUUACUUAACAUACCUAGAAAUAAAAAAUACACAAAUAUAACAAUUGGUAACGACUCUUUUAUAUGCCUAUUAACUAAAACAAACAAUGAUGAUAAUGAAAAUAUAUGUACCUCAAAUGAAUUCUUGUUUAAUAAUUUAAAAUAUAAUAAUUUCAAUAAUUAUGUACAAAAAAAACUAAAAAAAAAUUAUCUCUUGGAAUAUGCAAAUAAUAGAUUGAAUUAUGAAAUUUAUUCAAAAAUUGAAAAUGAAAUAUCAAUAGAUUCAGCGACGGAUCUUACAUCUGAUCUCUCUAAUAAUGGAAAUGAUAUUAACGAUACAGAAAACAAAAGUAUUUCAUUUGGUAUUCAGAAUAAUAUUACUAAUGAGGAUACUGAAGCUAGCGAAUACAAACAUGUUGAUAAAAAUGGAGGUAGUGAAGGUGAUGAAGGUGAUGAAGAUGGUGAAGAUGGUGAAAAUAGUGAAGGUGAUAAAGAUGGUGAAGAUGGUGGUAUAUCCCCUUUUUAUUAUAAAAAAAAGUAUCAAGACAACGAAAUAGAUACGAGUAACAAACUAAAAUGUAGAUUUGAAAAAUUAUAUGAUUAUAUUUUUUAUAAACAUAAAAUAAAUGUAUACCAUAAAAAUCGAAUAUAUAAAAAUAUAAAUAAUAAUACAACAGUCAAAAACCAUAUAAUAAAGGGAAAAAUGUUAUCUAUAGAUAAUUUGUGUAUUGAAGUAUUUUCAUAUAAUGAAAAUAUAUUAAAAUUAUGUAUAAAUAAAUAUAUUUUUUUCAUAGCAAAUAAUAAUUUAAAUAAAUUUAAACACCAUACAUCUACAUCACUCUAUUUAAUUAAUAAUGAUUUAUUAUUUAGUAAUAACACAAUUGUACAAUAUUAUACAGAUGGAGAAUAUAUGUUUGAGGUAUUAUAUAUAUGUGGGAAUAACAAUUUAAAAGUUAAUAGUUUUUAUAAAUUAGAUAAAAAUUAUUACCCGUUAAUAUUUCGAAUAUAUGAACAUACUAACACAAAUUUGUCAAAACUAUAUAAAAUAAUUUUAAAAAAAUUAGAUAAUGAAAUUUAUUUUUUUAAAACAUUUAGUUAUUAUAAUUAUAGUAAUAUGUAUUAUAAAACAUUAAAAGACAAAUUAAAUAAAAUUAUAAAUUCAUUAUAUCCAAAUAUAAAAUAUAUAUAUCGUAUAACUUUAAGUGCAUAUAUGUUUUGUAAUUAUACAGAUAAAAUAAAUCCUCCUAAUCAUUUCUUAUUAAGAAAUAUAAUAAAUAAAUGUUACACUUUUGUAAAAAAUGAUGAUUAUAUAUAUGAAGUAUGUUUACCUAAUAGUGUUAUUAAAUAUAAAAAAACAGAAGAUGGAAAUAUAGAAUAUCCUAUAAUUCCUUUAGGUCUUUCUUCUGUUUCAAUAAAUCAAGGUAUUCCUUUUUAUGAAAAAACAUAUGAUACUUUUCCAGUAUUAAAAACAGAUUAUAAUUCAAAAAAAGAAAAUUAUUAUAAUAUAAAAAUGGAAGAAAUGAAUCAAAUUUAUAAAAAUCAUAUUACAUUAAAAAUGCAAAAAAAUUCUCAAAAUAAAAAAAAUUCUACAAAUUUUGAAAAUAUAACACAUACUUCAUCAAAAACAUUAAAAGAUCCAUUUUUGUCUACCCCAUUGAAUAAUAAAUCAAACAAUUUAAUAUCACAUAGUUCAUUUUAUGAUUUUCUUUUUUAUAAUUUAUUUUCAAAUAAUUAUUAUUCAGAAUUAAAUAAAACACAUUAUAUUAGUACAUAUAUGGUAGAUAAACCAUAUGAAACACUAAAAACAGAUUCUGAAUAUUUUUAUAAGGUAUUAGCUAUAGAUUUAAAAGGAGGAAAAUGUAAAACUUCACUAGAUGAGAUAUAUGAUCAUAUAACCACCAUAUAUUUUGUUUGCUCAUUGCACUAUAAUAAUGAAUUACAUACAAAAGUUGUUGAAAUUUAUACAACAUCCGAAUGUCAUUAUUAUGUACAUAUAGCAUCUCCCUAUUUUUGUGCACAUCCAACAUUACACACCGCAAUAAAAGCCAAAAAACAUGUGAUAAAAUGCUUCAAAAAUUUAAAUGCAGCAAGUUCGAAAUUCCAAGAUAAUAAGAUUCUAUAUAAUCAUAGCAAACAUUACAAAAAUACAGAAAACCAACAUAAAGAUAUAAAUUCUGAAAAAACAAUUUCAAAUAAUUUAAAAAAAAAUAGUGAUGGAUAUGAAGACUUAUUAAACAAUUAUAAUUAUAUUAAUAAUGACACUAAUAUAUACUCUUAUGAUGUUUAUAAUAAUAAUAAUUUUAUCUUUUUAGAAGCUUUACCUAAAGAUAAAAAAAUUGAAUUUGGAAAAAGUUAUGAUUUUGCUUUAGGAAACUAUAUAAGAAAUCGAAUUUAUAAAAAUAAUCCAAUUUUUCAUAUUGGAAAUAUAGUUAAACAUAAAUACUGGAAUUAUCAUGCAGUAGUUAUUAGUUGGGAUUAUAUUUGCUUUGCUCCUAAUAAUUGGAAAAAAAAACUGUUUUCUGAAUACCCGAUUGAAUAUCAAAAUUCUGUGCACUAUCUUAUUUUAGUUAGCACUAAUAAUGAAGAAACGGAACAUAUUAACAAUAAUAUUGAUCAUAAUAUUUUAGAAAGAAAUAAUUUAUUAAAUGAAAAAAAAAACAAUUAUCAUGAUCACAAUUAUAAUAUUCAAUCAGGUGAAAAGGAAAAUGAGGUUUUAAAGUCAUAUCCAAAAAAUGAUCAAAAAUUAUAUUUUGCAUAUGUACCUGAAUCAAGUUUAGUUUAUAGUGAUAAAAUUAUUUAUAAUAAAUAUUUGCAUCAUUUUUUUGAAAAAUAUAACAAUUUCUUUCAUUUUUAUAUUCCAAAAAAAAAUCACAUUAUAUGGAAACUUUUCCCUUAUGACUUUUUCAGUUUUAUAUAA